GCGAAGGUCGAGCAUCACCUCCAAUCGCGGCCGAGAACUGUGUCACGUGACCAACGCCCGCCCCCGGAAGUGGCGUAGCUAUACUAGCGUGGCGCGGCUCGCCGCUUCCGCAAACAGAACCGUGUGUGUGUGUGGCUGUAUGGUGUUCAUGAAGUUUUAUCAUCUAUUUAAGUAAUCAAAAAUGGAAAAUUCUGUAAAAGCAGAGGAAUGUGAAAAGAUUUCUCUUGAAGAAGAGAAAGCAUCAAUAAAUUCGGGAACAGAGUCUUCAUUCAGCCAUAAUGAAAGCACUACUGCUCCUGAGACUGAGCUUUCUGAAAAGGCUCCUGUGCAAGUCCACAUGCCCCAAAAAAGAAAAAUGGAGUUUGCAGAUGAUCUUGUAAAAGAGAGUUCCAGCUGUGGAGAAGACACUCCAUCCAAGAAAAGCAAACUUGAUGCUGAAAUUGAAUCAGAGGAAAAAGGUUCUGGUGAUGAUGAAGGCAUUUCAAGGGAAAAAAGGCUGGAAGCUGAUGAUUUUCCAAAAGAUGAACCUUCUCCUGUAGACGGUACUCCAAAAAAGAGAAAAAGAGAACUUGAGGAUGUUUCUGAAAAGCAGAAACACUUAAAGGAAGGCCACAGCUCAACAGUGGCUGCCCACUACAAUGAACUUCAGGAAGUUGGCUUGGAAAAGCGUAGCCAAAGUCGAAUUUUUUACCUAAGAAACUUUAAUAAUUGGAUGAAAAGCGUCCUCAUUGGGGAAUUUUUAGAAAAGUUACGGCAGAAAAAAACACGCGACAUUACUGUUUUGGACCUGGGGUGUGGUAAAGGUGGAGAUUUGCUCAAGUGGAAAAAGGGAAGAAUUAAUAAGCUAGUUUGUACCGAUAUUGCUGAUGUUUCUGUCAAACAGUGUCAGCAGCGGUAUGAGGACAUGAAAAAUCGUCGGGAUAAUGAGUAUAUUUUCAAUGCAGAAUUUAUAACCGCUGAUUGUUCUAAGGAACUUUUGAUUGACAAAUUUCGUGACCCAGAAAUGCAUUUUGACAUCUGCAGUUGUCAGUUUGUUUGUCAUUACUCAUUUGAGUCCUAUGAUCAGGCUGACAUGAUGCUUAGAAAUGCUUGUGAGAGACUUAGCCCUGGAGGCUAUUUUAUUGGUACCACUCCCAAUAGCUUUGAAUUGAUAAGACGCCUUGAAGCUUCAGAAACAGAAUCAUUUGGAAAUGAAAUAUAUACUGUAAAAUUUCAGAAGAAAGGAGAUUAUCCUUUAUUUGGCUGCAAGUAUGACUUCAACUUGGAAGGCGUUGUGGAUGUCCCUGAAUUCUUGGUCUAUUUUCCAUUGCUAACUGAAAUGGUGAAGAAGUACAAUAUGAAACUCAUCUACAAAAAGACAUUUCGGGAAUUCUAUGAAGAAAAGAUUAAGAAUAGUGAAAAUAAAAUGCUGUUAAAACGAAUGCAGGCCCUGGAGGCAUAUCCUGCAAAUGGGAAUUCCAAACUUGCUUCUGAAAAGGCAGAUGACUAUGAACAUGCAGCACAGUACAUAAAAAAUAGUCAAGUAAGAUUACCUUUGGGAACCUUAAGUAAAUCAGAAUGGGAAGCUACAAGUAUUUACUUGGUUUUUGCAUUUGAGAAGCAGCAGUGAGCACCAGAACAGCUGUAUUUCAUCUUACACAGAUUUGAAUGAUCCACCUUAGAUAAAUUUGUCAACUUUCUGUUUAUUUUAAUUAUUUUAAAUGUACAGGAUGGUGCUGGAAACUCCAGUGUAUACAUUCGAUAUUUGCUGUCUGUGACAGAUGAACUUUUGUGUGUGUAUAUAAGAAUAAGUUGGGACCUUUGUCUUUAAAAUCUAUUUUUAAUGUUCUAAGAAUUCCAUUUGCCUCUACUCUUAGCUCAUAAAAAUUACAAUAUGACUUGUUAAAGUUGCCGAAUUCUUUCCACAGUGAUCUGAUUUGUUCAGUCUGCUUACAGUAUUAAAUUUAUUGCAGUUGUAGAAUUGAUAAGGGAGUAUAAUAGUUUGCAAGGGAGUAUAAUAGUUUGCAACUCAUUUCUAUAGUUUUACAUAGUGUUUUUCAAGAUUAAGUGAAUUGCAUAUCUAUACAAUUGAAUGUAAGAAGUGUUCAGUAGGUAUCGCUAAAGUUAUAAACUAAAUUUUAAAUGGUCCUAAUAGUUAUUAACCUAGAAUUUUAGCCACUUACUACAUUUCAUUACAAAUAGUAGCUAUUUUAUUUGCUAAUCUGAUACAUUUCUGGAACUGGAUAGAACAUUUUGGAUGCUAGCACAAAACUGCUUUAGAUCUUGAGGCUUUUCUCUGAAGAAAUUCCUGCCGAUUAAUGUUUCUAGGUAUCGAGAAUAUAAUUAGAUUUACCUUUCUUCAUUGAACAAAAAUGCCAUCGAUGUUUUCUCUCAAGAUAUAAUGAAAGCAUGCCCAUGUAAACCAAUUGCACAUUAUCCUCAGAUUAAAAUGUGGAACUGCAAUUGUAGGAUGUGUCUAAAAAAAGCCGACCAACUUCAGAUUCAUUCUCCCGUGAUGAUCUAGGUUAUAGUGCUAUAUGCUAUAAAUCCGUUACUCCUUUCGGCCCAGAAAAAAGCAGCAGUAUCUACCCCUCAAUUACAAUGUUGUAUUUUGCAUAGUAGGAUCCAGCAUCUCAUCACCAUUCAGAAUUUGCAUUUGCUACUUCAAAACCAUUACAAUCAUGAGCUCUGGCUUCUUGCUUGACUUCUUUUCCAAAAUUCUGCCAGGUGAACUGUUGUCCUAAAUAGUGUCACAUCACAAUUGAGAAAACUUGCCAAUUUUUAAAUGUAGUAAAAACUAGAAAAGAACAAAGCAGAGCAUCUACUGCAUAUCCCUUUCAUAAAUAAUUUCUUUAAAGCAUGUUCAAAAGACUAUUUCUCUAAUAAUCCCGAGUACUUGUUUAAAAAGUGUAGUUCUCAAUUUGUUCAUAUAUGCUAUUGUUUAUGGUAUUGGAGUAGCAAAUCUUUUAGUAAGAAACAUGAAUUAGCUAAUUUCUGUUUCUUCUGCAGUCUGUCAAUCAUCAAACUGUUACCAGUUUACUAUUUGCCUUGGUGGUGAUUGACAUGAGUCACUUGGGGAAAUAAAUAACAGUAUUUUUGAUUAUGGUGGCUGCUGUUAGCUAGCUAAGGUUUUUGUAAUGGUGCUGAAGAGAGGGAGAUGGUGAGCUCUUAAUACUGCAUAUCCACGUUUACUUUAGCUCUGGAGGAAAUACCAGAGAGUAUUAGGAAAGUUCAAUAGAACUGAAAAGCUUUGUUAUUAUUUCCUGUCGUUCAUUUAAUGGUCUUAGUUAAGUCUAAGCAAAUAAUAAGCCUCCUGCUGCUCUUUCCACUCCAUGGAUAACUUGGAGAAAAGAAGAAUCACCUACAGGAUGGAGCAGUUGUUGGUAAUAGAGCAGAGAGAGAAGGAAGGUCCAGGGCGGGGGGUAGGAAGGAACGGAAGAGCCCCGGAGUGGGUGGAGCAGGGCCCUGGGGUCUGAGUGAGCUGCUGCGUGUGCAGGAGAGGCACAGUCUCACCUGAGGAUGUGGAGUUGCCCUUUCCUUUGAGCUUUGUUGGCUCCAUUACCUUCUUUGCACUUUUCUCCACUCCCCAAUGUCCCCUUGCUGCAAUUAAGUGUCUGGGUGGUGUCCUGUAUUAGGAAAAGAUGGCCCCUGCCCACCAUCACCAAGGCAAAAGCUGAUAGGACCUCCACCCCCACCCCAAAUACACCUGCAGUCUAAAUAUUUGGUGGUUUUCCAUUAAAGACUUGUAACCAUUAGGAAAUUGAGGCAUAUGUCUUUCUAAUGUUAGAUCAGUGAUGUAAGUGGUUCAUGGGAAUGACUGAAGGGUACUCCCAGACCUGCCAUUCAGUUUGUUCUCUGAAGAUUAAAGUAGAAGUGAGGGGCAAUCAGCCAUUUGUGGAAAGAACACAACCUGAGGUUGGAAGGACUGCUUUAGGAACAUGGCUGGAGUAUGGUAUAACCAAGAAUGCACAAUGUGAAUUCGUUGGCCUAGAACAGAAUAUGCCUAAGGAAAAGCACUACUAGUUCUAUAUAGUGUUCGGGGAGAGAUGGCAAUCCCAGCUGCAUUCCAAGGGGCGGUGUCUAACCUACAGACAGCACGAAGCCUGGGGUAGUAACUGCUUCUCUGUCUACCAGCUUCUGGUUCUAGUGUGACUCCCAGAGAAAUGUGCCUGCAUUGAUUUGGAGAUUGACCUCUGUUAACGAAUCCUUGUGAUUAUCAGCACAGUUUCCUGGCUUAUCCCUUCCCUAAACUUGGAAAUUGAGGAAAUGGGAUUGUGGUCUACAUUUGUGUUAAUAGCAUCGAUAGGGCCUCAGAAAAGAGGUUCACACUGGGAGACGGGCUUUGAGGAGAGGUGCGAUAUUGAUUGUCACUGGAGAGGCAGAAAAAGCGUCAGCUAUCAGAUGUCCAGAUCUCCAGUCCCAUUAGCUCUUUUGGGAAUUUAUUCUUCGGCUUCAUAGCGUAUUGCCAUUAUGUUAUUUUGAUAUAUCUUCAAGUACUCUUCUAACGAAGAUUGGGCUUGCAUAGGUGUGAGAAAAUGCCAGUGUGAAUAUUCUUGUGAAUAUUCGGUAGAACAUUAUUUUUCACUAUUGAUAAAAGGACUUUUUGUUGUCUACCUCAGGCUUUGAUGUAUCAUGAACCAGUCACUGCUCCCCUCUCUGGUUUUUUUUUUUU